CUGCCGCGAGGCCAGGGCCGGCUGCCCCCCGAGCCGGGUGGGCUCAGGUUACGGCGGCGGCGGGGGGUGCCCGUGGCUCGGUGGCGCGGCGGGCGGGCGGCGAUUCCCCGGAGCCGCCGUCGGGGCCAGGGAACCUUAGGAGCCAGCUCUUACGUCCUGUGGCUGAAGGUGAAUCCAGUAAAGAUGACAUCAUCCGUUUUUGUCUUCUGUAUUUGAGGAUUACUCAUGCCAGGAUGUAGCGGACCAUAUUCGGUGCUGGGAAUCGAACCAAGUCAGGGUCCAUACAAGGAACUGCUAGAGGAAAACUCUUAGACGUCUCCCACAUCAUGGCAGCAGUUGCCUUUUACCUUCUAAAUGGCCGGAAGAACCAUAGGCCUGAGCCAAGAUAUAUGUUAGUUUAUCCUGUUUAUCCUGAAACUGCCUCCUAUUUUCCAAGGUGUCCUCAUGACUUCUCCUGCGGACCAUGUCCAUGAUCCUUUUCGCCUGUGUGGUCAGGGUGAGAGAUGGGCUGGCCCUGUCCGCCUCCACUGACUUCUACCACACCCAGGAGUUCCUGGAGUGCAGGAGACGGCUCAAGAUCACAGCGGCGCGACUGGCCCAGUACCCAGGACGAGGCUCUGCGGAAGGCCUGCACUUCACCAUUCAUGUCUCUUCUCUGGGGGAUGUGGCCUGCAUGGCUAUCUGCUCCCGCCAGUGCCCGGCAGCCAUGGCUUUCUGCUUCCUGGAGACCUUGUGGUGCGAAUUCACGACUUCCUACGACCGUGCCCGCAUCGGCCUGGCCACCAGGCCAUACGCCUUUCUCGAGUUUGACAGCAUCAUUCAGAGAGUGAAGAAGCAUUUUAACUACAUCAGUCUCACUCAGCUAGGGAGCAGCUUAGAGCAGAUCCAGGAGGAGCUCAGGUGCCAGCCACCGGCACGUCUCAUGCUGGAGGACACAGCUGUCCCCAAUGGGAUGAUGAACGGCCACACAAAGGUGCACUUGGAGCCUGCUCCUAACUUCCGACUGGAACCCGUGACCGCCCUGGGCAUCCUUUCCUUGGUCCUCAACAUCAUGUGUGCGGCUCUGAAUCUUGUUCGUGGAAUUCACCUUGCGGAACAUUCUGUACAGGUUGCCCAGGAGGAAAUUAAAAAUAUUCUGGCCUUUUUCAUUCCCUUUGUAGCCUGCAUUUUCCAGUGUUACCUGUACCUCUUCUACAGUCCCGCAAGGACUCAGAAGGUGCUUCUGCUGCUGCUCUCCAUUUGCCUGGGCAACAUGUACCUGCACGGGCUGCGGAACAUCUGGCAGAUCCUCUUCCACGUGGGCGUGGCCUUCCUGUCCUCCUACCAGAUACUGACCAGGCAGCUUCAGGAGAAGCAGUCCGACUGUGGUGUGUGAGGCGGGCGGCGUGGGCCUGGUGGGCCCUUCUGUGUCCCCAUAAGGAUUGCCUGGGAUGUCCCGCCUGAGCCACGGCAUCAUCUCGCCCUUUCCAUCUUGAAGUUCUUUUUGACCGGCCCAAACGGAGGAACGGAGAAUUGGGGUGUGGAGCCAGGCUCAGGGGAAGAACUGGGGGCUGCCAGAUACCCUGUCCCAGUUUUGUGCCGAGCCGUUGCUGCAGAACCUGACUCUCUGGCUCAGCACGUUCACUUUGGACAGCCGAAUGUAGGGGCUCGAUCAGAAGGAGCACUGUUGAGAGACCAGAAUGGAAUUAUUCUGGUCUUUGACAUCCAAUGACGCAAUAAACCACUAGAUUCAAGAAGCCUAGUUUUAGUCACUGGCAGUUGUUUCCAGGAAGCCUCUUUGAAAUCUUGUAGCCGCUUUGCAAUCUGUAAUGUGACUCAGUGUUUUUAGAGGGCCAGUUCAGGGUAAAUCCAAAACAUAAGAAUACGGUUCGUAAAUAGGAGCUAGGUAAGUUUUGUUUACAUUGUUUACACUUUUUUGAUAACUUGGGUCCUGUAUGAUAACCUUUGGCAAAAGAUUGCAAUGUAUUUUGGAUAUCGAUUGGCCUUUCCUUCGUUUAGGGAAAGGACAAACUUAUGAUGAGAUACAGGGUAAGAGAGCCGAGUAUUUAAUUUGUAUGUCAUGGUGGCAGGAACUCUGUGGCACAGAAAUGUUUCAUAUUUAUUUGCAGGGUACCUUUGACUAUUUUAAAAGGGAACCAAAUUGCCAUGGCUGGAGAAUUGGAGGCUGAGGCAUGAGCAGACAUGAGAAUUGCAGGUGGCUGCAAGCUGGCGUGGGUGAAUCCAUGGGCAAAUGGUGUAGACUCACUGUGAGGCGCUCCCGGAAGCUCCAGGGUGCCUGGAGCCAAAUGCCUGUGGUUUCACUGAUGAGCACUUGACCCUGUGAACCUAUUCCCAGAAGAGAGUCCAAAUUAACUUCGCCUUUAUAGCAUUCCCAGUUAUCUUAAUGAGAUCAGGAGUCUCAUUUUUUUUUAAUGAGAGUUAAGUAGGUGUUAACUUUUUUAAAGUUUUAUGAAGAUAUAAUUAGCCACAUACCCACAAAAGUUACUUUACCAUUUCUCAUUGUCAAAAUGUUGAUUGAUCCCAACUUUCUAAGCUGCAGAUCUGAAUAAGGUCCUGGAGGUCUCCACUAGGCUUUGGCCCUGAUUUUCCAGGACCUCGAAGGAGGCCAUUUCAGGAGUUUGCUCUUCUGCUCAUUCUUGGUAGACGUCUGGAAUUUGGAUAGUUUGACCACAACUGCAUGGGAUACUUUGAGUCGCAUUAUUUGAUUUUAAUCAAAAGGAUGCUCCCUCGAUCAUGUUUGAAAGUUGAAAACCAUUGCAAGAGCUCUCGAGUAGUUAGGAAAAAGUAUAUCAUAUAAUUGCAUUUUAGGGAGUUCAUUCAUGCUUGAUUACUACUGCUGGGGUUUUGUCUGUCAUCUUGCUACCUUGGUAUCACUUUGGAAAAAAAACAGACAAGUUCAUGUGACUGAGUGCUGUGUUGGAAAAAUGUUGCCAUGGUAAUUUUAUUUUCAUACAAUAGAUUUUUCUAUUUUUAGCCAAGCACAAUAUCUGGCUUUGUAAGUUUUAUCAGCAGCGCUGUCCUCCGUGGCAGUGUUCUUCAGCCCCUGGUCUGCACACCACUGCUCGCCCGUGGGUGUCAGAAGGCUGAAGACCACUGGUGUCUGCCACCUUGGUUGUAACUGCUGGGCCGUGGAGCGGUGCGGGUCCUCUGGUGUGAAAAGGCCGAAGGACACCGCCCACUGCAUUUCACAGGUGUCUGCCUGUGGAUUUUUCAGUGUCAUCCUUUCCUGGAUACCCAGCCAGUGCGUGUUCAGGCUUUCUAAAGGGGAUCAUUUUGAAUAGUUGGUAAAAGACAACGGGAAGUCAAAAAGUGGAGGCAGAUCUUCCUAAGUCAGAAGCACAAGAGUGUAGUAAUUUAUGGGGAGCCCCUACAGGAGAAUCAUGUUCUUCCCGGUGUCACCACGUAGCUCCCGGUCCCCCCUCUGUGGGUCUGCACCGGCCACCCACGUUCUGCACACAGUGAGGAACAAUCCCGGAAGCAUUCCUGGGAAUGUUUCCCUGAUGCCGAGCCUCGCGUGGAGAUAUUCCCCACACUUGGCCCAGCAUGGUCUUUUCGUGUGUUGAGAGCGGCACAGGGUUUGAGAUUUUCCCUGGCAAACCAAAGGGAAGAGAUGCUGUAGACAAACCGUGCAAGAGAAGCCCAUGUAGACGCCGUCGAACCAGGAUCCUGCUGAGGGAGGCCUCAGCUCCCCGAACGAUGGGCAGAACCUUCUGGAGAGUUGGUGCCAGAUUUCUGUCCAGGCUCAGGUUGCUGACAGGGGUCAGGCCUGGGUUUAGCUCCCCGCUGUUGUCCAGGAGGCCCUAAAGCUGUUCCCUUGCCGCUGGUGACACCUCCCUCCCCUGGGGGCUCCCCGUGUGCCAGCACUGUUGUUAGCUGCUGUCUGCAUACCCCCCGCCUCCCCCCACACACAUACUCAGUGAACUCACCUGGGGUUUCGUAGCAGACACAGACCCCUGUUGUAGGGGGCUCUGGUGACAGGCAUCCCACAUCAAGACUCAGCCCUUCAGAGUUCUGUGAAGACGAGGGUGAAGGCUGCAUUGAAGACCCUUGGUCAUCCCCGCCCCAAGCUCCCCGUUCUUCGAGGGCCCCCCACUCUUCAUCUCUGGAGUCACUCCCAGGAGGUGCAGGUGCAGGAGCUUCUGAGGGGGCAGAUGACAUGACUGCAGCAGGUUGGUCGACAGCCCUGCUUAGGGUCACAGUGAUGCCACGACAGGCCCGUGGGGCUGCGCACAGCUGCUGUUCUGGGGCGGGGGAAGCUGGGCUGCGGGCUGGGCCUGGGUCUGCUGCACCCUUGCAGACCUUUGGACUCCCGUGCCGUUCCCCGAGGAGGUGCUGAGAUCAGGCGAGAACGAGGCACACUGGGCAGCGGGGCAGGAGUCCCCUCCAGAUCGGGCCAGCCUCUGCCCAGCUAGUCUCGAGUAUCCUUAUUUGGGAAGGGAUGACCAUCAACUCCCUCCACCCCCUGAAGCUGUUGGGGGAGCCUGAGUCCUGGGCACACCCUGUGGCUUGGUGCGAAAGGAGGACUUUGCUGGGGGUUCGGCAUGCAUCAGAUACCUGGCCAGCAAGCAGAGGGCAUUUUCUGAUCCUGACCGGUAAACUGUCCCUUUCUGCGCUCCAGACAGGUGAAGCCUCCUGGCUCCCUCCCCGGGGCUGCUCCUGCCCAGCCCAGCACAGAGCCCUGGCACCCCGAGGCUCCCCCAAGCAGGAGCAGGGAAUUUGCUUUCGCAACUGUCACCAACCUUCAAGGUCUGUCCCUGACCCAGAGGAGGGAACCCUCUUCUGGUUGGGGUGAAUGUUGUCAGAUUCGGCUGCCAGGGAACCUCAUUGGUAGGGAACCUGCGGACAAGAGCUCCCUGGUAAAAACCUGAGAAUGGAGGGGUGCUGGGGGAGGGGGGGCACGGGAAUACCUGUCUGUGUGUCCUGAGGGCCGAGCUGUCACCCACAAGCGCCUUUUAUUUAGGGUAAAAUGAUUGAAUCUGUUCUGCUCCCCCGACCUGUGCUUGAAACAUGGGAUCUUCUUUAACCUGCAUAUGAUUCUGGGGUUGCUUCAGAAAUAUGAUUUAAUAAACGAUUCAUACCAUUGAUGCCCCCUCCAGCCCCCCCCACCCCACCCUACCCCAGGAUUCUAUUUUUGUGUAAUGGACUUAAGGAUUUAAUUUUCUACCAAGUGUAAAAGAUGAGGUGUGUUUAGCCAGGGUUGAACCACUUAACAUCACCUCUUCAUUUUGGAAGUUUGCUUGUCUGUGUCACACAAACUUUUUACCAUUUUCAUGUACUCACAAAGAUCUAUUUUGAGUAAGGUUUUAACAAACUUUCACACCAGUAGUAAAAGCAAAACUGUCUGUUAAUAACGUCUGUUAUGAAGAAUGUUGUAUAGCUGUUUAUAUACUGUGUAUAUGCAGUUGAAACCAGGUGGCUGUGGAAGAGGGGAAUAAAUCUAAGGUCUUUAUGA